UAUUGGGAGAUUUGAGCUUUGUGCAUUUGGCAAGGCAGGUGGCCUUGGAGAGAGCCUAUGUCAUUAGAGUAGCUAAUGAGAAUAGUUGGGAUGUUGCUUUGAAGAUAGCUAUUGAUGAUACUCUAGAUCCAAUAUCAGAGUUGUUAAGAAGUAAACGGGAAAGUACUAGGUUGGCUCUAGUCUUGCAAGGGUCUUCAGUCCAGGCUGCAAAGUCAGUUCGGAAGAUUCAUGUUGCCCUCUUUGCAAACUUUUCAACUAAACUUACAAUUUGUGUAGCAGCAGUAGCAUUGGAGUCCAGGAACUGGUGUAUCAUUACUAGUACAGUAUCAGAGUAUCAUGUAGUAUCACAAUGGCUGAAGAGGUUUGAUAAAAGUAAGGGGUUUAAAGAGAGUGAAUCAAGAGGCAGUAAGGUAUUAGGAGAGAGUUGUAAAACUGUCACAAUUGGUAUUGAAAUAGCUGAAGAAAGAAAUUCCUUUGUUUCCAAGGAACUUAAUUUGACUAAUGGGCAAACUAGAUCUGAGGCCUUAUCAAUUUAUGCAAGAGGAAGAAAAUUAGCUAGAGAAGGAGUUAGUGCAUUUGGAGAUAUAGGGAGCAAUCAUAAAAGUCACAGUAGAGAGUUCUUGUCUGGUAAAUCUUUUGGAG